UGACACCACGGAGCAGCCCUCCCGCAGUCCGGCAUGGCAAAGGCAGCUGGGGUGGUCUGCGCCCUCCUUCUCCUCGCUGCGCUGUGCUGCCAGAGCCUGGCACAGAGAGCCCUGGCCAUGCCAGACAAGUGCUGCUUCAACUUCCAGUCGAGAAGGAUCAAGAGAGACAACGUCGUCGCCUGCUACUCCACCAGCCCCGAGUGCCCGCACCAGGCUGUGAUCUUCAGGGUGAGGAGCGGGAGGGAGAUCUGUGCCCAGGCAACCAGGGCCUGGGUGAAGAGGUACCAGCAGAGCUUCCAAGUCAACUCCUUCUCCAUCCCCAGCUAGAGGGGUGGACGGAGGCAGCACGGGGAGUCACCUCCACGGGUGGGGGGACAUACCGCAAAGGUCAUCCCUUUGCAGAGGCGGCAGCAGGGACACCACAUUUGGAUAUAGCAGCUUGUCGGGGAUAUCCUCCCCAUCAUCCUGUGAUGACCCUCACCACUUCCCCAAAGGCAAAGGGCCUUUGUCAUCCUUGGCAUCCCACCAGGAUGGGGUGUGCCAACCCCACAGGGUGCUGGGGUCCAGACCUGCUGCUGCCCCCCAUCCUCUCAGCCCUGCUUUGCAUGCAGGCAGCUGCCUGUACCCUUCACUGGCUGCGCUUGCCAGCCUGGCAGUAGCAGAGGGAUUAAGGGGUAGCACUCCUACGGUUAUUUUUUGUACAACACACUGAAUAGAAUUAAACGUGAUUUCAUGCAUGCAA